UGAGAGGCUAGUGCUGCUCUGACUCUACACGAUUGAGUUCGCCCAGAAGCAUUUUGACAUCUUCAGCUACAAAGAUCCAUCAUCCAUACAAAGUGCUCUGCCACCUUGUUACGACUCUGCCACCUGACAGGCUGACUAUUCACUACCUGACUCCACCGCUCUGCUCUGCCUCUGGUCUGGCACUUCUCUUCCUUCUCUUCACCACAUCAAGCACACCACACAUACGCUCUCUCUCUCUCACUCUCGUUGCUGCCACCAUGCGAGUCGAGAGCCUUCGUGUCCUGUUCGUUGCGUCGUGAUAACAUACACUCACUCCAUCAAUACCUCCCCGUAGCAGGAUGCUCUGGUGGACUCUCUGCGCUUUUCUCGCUCCGUCCACAGCUGUAGAAAUCCUGCCCCGAGACGCAAACGCAACCGCACCCGCUCCCAUUGCCGACCCAGCCUUGCCACCCGCUACAGACGCACGUGGUUUCAACACGUCCGCAUAUUGUGACCAGCAGUAUUCACAAUACCUGCGGACAUACAAUGGCGCCGGAAAUUACAUCACUACCACCAUCACCGCCUACAUCGGAUUGGACGACACGGGCUCCCAGACCGGCAAAAUCGUGACGCAGUCCUACAGUACCACCACUGUCACCAGAACCCCGGAUGCGUACAAGGCCUACCAGCUGGGAGGUGCGAAGCCUCCAUGUUGUCGUCAAUGCCAGAUCGUCGCCGGCACCAUUCAGUUCUUUUGGUGGCCCGGCCUUGCAGACGCAACCGCAACCGCAACCGCCUCUCAGUACAUGACCAAGCCUGCCAACAAUAACAACACCUCUGCACCAGUCACCGCUGUCGCAGCAAAUGGCUUCGUCUUCACCUCGCCCAGCGUGUACAUGGCCUUUUCUUCGCUGUACGCCACGAAUCUCUGCGGCACCGUCGGAUCUGCAUGGUCCAGCACAACCAUCGGCUUUCAUCCGACCGAGAUAUCGACCGUGAACCCCUACAAGAUGACCUACACCGGCUAUGGCGUCGUCACGUACUCUGGUACCACUGAGACGGCCAUCAAUGACCUACGAGGGACGAGGCUGCCUCCAUCGCCACUCCAAUACACCGAUUUGGCUCAAAACUGCUCCACAAUCUCCGGAUAUGUAUAUUUCCCAGGCAACCCGCAGAACGACGUCAAAGGCGGGCUCGACCGGGACCCGUGCCAUCCCGUGAUUGCCCUGCCGACCGGUCUCAUCUCCAUGCAACAAGCGUGGGUGGAUGCCUCCUGCGUGGCACGCGAUGGACAAGGCGCCUACGAUCCACCCAUCGCUCUCACACCUGCGCCAUCUGCAGACCAACCAACACUGCCCGCUCGGCCUGGAAGCGCGAGCACGAGAGUACCAGCAUCUCAGACGGCGGUCUACACUGCGCUGCCGGAUAGCAAGCCUACUCCAGGCAAAGGAAACGUUUACGGUGCUCCGUCAUGGUCAGGCUCGCCAGCUGCCGGCGGUGGAGCGAACAUUGCCAUCGGACAUGCCCCAUCGACCGCAGACGUGCAAGUCUACACCAUCAUCGAAGUCACCACUGACCGUGCAGGAUCCGCCCGCACCAUGAUGAGAACCACAGAAGCUGUUGAACUGCCCGCAACGACGGUCCCUGUCCCCGAAGAAGCGUCGUCGACCCGGUCCGGCGGCUACGAUGUGGUCAUGCAUAGCAUUCUCCCAGUAAGUAGUGAUGCGCAGGGACACGCAGAGCAUGGUGAUGUUGGGCAAGCUGCCGAAGCCGCUUACACCGUGCUCCGCGAUACCACUCUCGCGAAUGGCAUGGCUACUGCUGUGCCUGUUGUUGUAGUACUUGAUACAACUCCAACAACAAGCAAUGCACCCGAGCAUGGUAUACCCGACUACAUCAUGAAUGGCAUCGGGCAACCGCUUGAUUAUCCGUCGCAGGCGACUACAAGCGGCUCUCAACAGCAACAGCAGCAGCAGCAACAACACGGCAGGACUACGGAGGCGUCGAUGAAACAGAUUGGAACGACAGCGACAGAAACUGGCGGAAGAAGAACAACAACAACAACAACUUCGUCAUCCUCAUCCUCAUCCACUACGUCGUCAUCAUCAUCUGCAGCGAAAAAAGUCCCUGGAUUUGGAUUUGAAAGUAGCUCUUUGAUGAUGAUGACAAUGUGCUGGAUCAUCAUGAUGAUAUUUUAUAUUUAGUCCAAAAGUACAUGUAAGUACGUAGCAGUUGUAAUACCU